AUUAGUAUCCCUUUAUCAUAGCAGCAAUUAAUCUGUGGGGAGAGACAUCAAAUGCACAGUUUUAAAUAAAACCUUCUCAGACCUGGGAAUGUACAAGAAUCCUGGAGAGACCAGAGAGCGAAACUAGGCGGGCGGGCAGCUGCUGGACAUCCACCGCAGAGCAGUGCGCACGUCGCUGUGGGGCGGCUCGUUGGAGCACUUCAUUUCAACUGUGAGCAAUGAGAUGGUGGCUGACACUCACAAUGAGACACACACACACACACACGCAAUGACACAUACUUACAAUGACACAAUGACACACGCUCACAAUGACACAUACUUACAAUGACACAAUGACACACGCUCACAAUGACACAUACUUACAAUGACACAUACUCGCACAGCGCUGGUGGCUACAAUUAUGCAAUCAAACGGGGCAUGCGGACUAACAACCCAACCAGGACGAUGGCUAUUAAACCCAGAGCCCGGCCGACUCGCACUGUGUUGUGUGAGCGAGUCACACGAUGUGUUCGCCGGUGUAAGUUAUAAACGUGGCGUCGUGUCGGCACACCGGUAAAGUGUGUCACGCUAACAAGCGAGCUAAACAGCUAGCAGGCUCCCUCCUCACUGUGGAGUUAGCUAACAGAGAGAAGCUUCCUUACAAACCAAGCCGAGAGGUUUGAAUCCCCACGAAAACCGCACACGUUUGGGAAGAUAUCACAAGAGGAAAAAGUAGAACAUCACUUGAAACACAGCGCGUAACUUGGAUAAGUAUGGACAAACCUGAAGCAGCACUUCUGAACACCGGUAGCCUGCGUAUCUUUCAUUGGUCGAAACUCAGGGUUCAAAGUUCCUGUUCCGGUGUUCGGUAACGUUUUUAGGAUUAUGACAUUUGUUAUGCUCGGUGUAUUUUCUAUAUAUAUAUUAUUUUAAGCGUCUGUAGGUUGUUGGACUUUAUAUGGUGAUAUAUUCUGGUAAACUAUAUGUGUAUGAAAAAAGUAAUUUACCUUUUUGUUUUUUAGGUUAGUUUGGGUCUGCGCCAGAUCUUGUCACCAUGGCAACUGCAGUUUGCGUCAUGUUGCCUGCUGCACGUUGAGCUAUUGACGUAGUUACUUCUUCGCUUUUUGAGGGUGAUUCAGUGAACAAUUACAGCACGAUGUUUGCUUGUGUUGUUUUAAACUUUUUUUAAUCGUGUUUUCUCUUUUCACGGCCCACAAAGUGGCCGCUCGUGUCCUGUCGGUUCUGACAACCAUCUGCCAGCAGGGGGAAGAUGUCUGACUAUGAGGAAAAGGAUCAUUUAAGAAUUCAAGGGGAAGGGCCAAUAAAUGUGUCCUACAUUUUCCCAAAUGGGGACAGAUAUGAGGGAGAGUGCAGCAGGUCUGCCUCAGGGGUGAUGAAGAGGAGUGGUACCGGUAAACACACGUCAGCGGGUGGCAUCAUAUAUACUGGAGAGUGGAUGGAAGACCAAAUGAAUGGCCGAGGGGCCAUGCAGCAUCCCUCUGGUGCACUCUAUGAAGGAGAAUUCAAAAACAACAUGUACCACGGCACGGGAACGUAUACCUUCCCAGACGGCUCUACUUACAAAGGUCCCUUUCACAACAACAGGUUGGAGGGAGACGGGGCGUUCACUGACACACAGGGACUGGUCUGGAUGGGGGAGUUCCUCGGCAAAGCAGCGCUGGGCCUGAAAAUGCAGCACACUUACGCAAAGCAAGCAUAACUGUACUACACUUUUUAAAACACUGUAUAUCUUCAAUAGAAAAUUAAACUAUAAAUAAAAUCCAUUCAGCCUGUCUUUAUAGAUGAUACAUAUAUUGACUGUACUAAAUACUAACGGAUGCGUUUCUUCCAACGUUCACACAGCACGUAUUUCUGUGUAUUGUGUUUAAAUAUCCAAGCUAUCAGGGAGUCAUGUCUCUUGCCACUGCUUUUUUUUUUAACACUUGUCGUUAAUUGUUAAGACUUGCAUUUUUACAAACCUGGAAAUAUAGGCAUUAUUAACCGUACAAAUAUAAAAUAAACUAUGUACCCAUUUCUCCGUGGCAAUCGACUCCAUCAUUACAGCACCAGCCAGUC